CGGAAGACCGCCCAGAAAAGUCCGUUACAGCCAUCAGGAAAUCUGUACUUGCCGGCCCUGCCGCAGCAACAAAAAGCACGAGAAGCAAACACAAAGUGGCAGACAAUCCUGAGACAGGUAAGAACCACAAACCUAACUAAUAAACCCUGCUCACAGACAAUAUGA